AAAAAAUAAAAAAAAUUGAAGAAUGAGUCUACCAGAAGAUGUAAUUGAAGAAAUAUUAUCAAGAUUACCAGUAUUAUCAUUGAUUAGAUUCAAAUCUGUUUGUAAAUCAUGGAAAAUGAUUAUCAAGAAUCCUACAUUUGUAUCCAAACACCACCAAACGAUCGCGUCGACGGAAGGUUCCGAGACUCUACUCAUCAACAGGCGCGACAACGCUACGAACAAGAGGGUUGUCUCGUUGUUGAGAAAAGAAGGAAAAGACGCUUUCGCCCUCGACCAAGAUCUUCCGACGUUUUUCAACAACAUGUUCAAUCACGUUAGGUUGAUCGGCCCUUGUAACGGAAUCGUUUGUCUCUACGGAUAUCCGGAUAACAUUGCCCUAUGGAACCCUAGCAUUCGAGAUUUCAAGAUACUACCCAUAUCGAAAAUCCCGCGUAGUUCGAAAGUGCUCGGUGGUGAUAUCGGACUCGGUUUCGAUUCCGAAACCCGCGAUUUCAAGGUAAUGCAAAUCUUGUUUUGCGGUUCUGUUAACCGAGUCGAGAUAUACUCGUUAAAAUUAAAUUCGUGGAGAAAAUACGACGGUAUUUUGCCUGCGGAUAUUAUGUACAAUAAUCUUUGGAGUAUGGUAUACAAGAAUGAAAUAUUUUGUUGGUUGGCUCAAGAUUGUAAUAAAUUUGAUGUGAUUCUUUCAUUUGAUAUGAUGAAUGAGAUAUUCCAAAUCACACAAUUACCACCACUAAUUAGUACUAAUGAUGUUUUUGGAGGGAUUACUCGAGCUAUUAUGCCACUAAAACAAUCAGCAAUUGGUUUGAUUGUGUAUCCAAUCAAAGAUUCGGACAAAGUUUUCGAUGUAUGGAUCGCGAACGAGUUAGGAGGGAACGCCGAUUUCUGGUGUAAGAUAGCAAGUAUUGGCCCUAUUUCGAGUGUGGAGAGGCCGCUGGCGUUGUGGGAAAACGAUGAAUUUGUUUUGGAAAAUAGUAGAGGGGAGUUGGUGAUGUAUAAUUGUUCCAAUCGAGAAAUUAAAAAUCUUGGAUUUUAUGGUAAACGAAGUAGGUUGGAGGUACUUGUUUAUAAGGAGAGCUUAUUUACGGUUAGUAAGAUUUAUACAAAUUUGUAAUCUCGUCUUUUUUUUUUUUUCUAUAUGACAAAGAAAU